AUGGCGAAUUCACAUGGGAUUCGGUACAUUCGGUUGAAGCAGGUCUUCAAUCGCGCGUUAGAUCAAUCGAUCUCGAAACUACAGAGUUGGGACAAAGUCAGUUCGUGCUUCCCGCAAUACGUGAAUAGCAAGCAAGGCGCCAUAAAUGUUGCCAACUGUCAGCGUCAGUUGACGGAAUUCUGGACGGAGUUGUGCCAGCGCGAGUUCAAAGAGAUCAUGGAGGAGCGAAGCGUGGAGCAGAGACUAAAUGAUUUGGACGAACUGAUCUCGGAAGCCAAGGAACGCUACACGGAUCGAGACGACGUUGGCGGCGAGGCACCUGCGAUCGACGAACUUUCCAGCAAAGAGCUCGUAGAUUGCCACAUAUACAGUCAGCGGAUACACGCCGUGCACGAGAUAGACGGGCGGCUGGCCAAAGUGAACGAGAUGAACGAUCAGUUGGCUCGGGAGCUGGAGGAUCUGGAGGCACAAGUGGAUGUGGAGAAGAACGAAAUCAACAAGAUGUACGACGAGUAUCUGGGCUCUCACGCGGACCAACCGGUCAAUGGGCUGCUGGUGCAAAGCCUGAAUGACAUGGUUUUAGAGCUCAAGGAAAACUAUUGA